CGCUCCGACGGUUGUCACGUCUGCGCAGUCGGAGGUUUUCAUUAGCCUUCUGCGGGAUUUGGAUCAAACAUGGACACAUCCAGCGAGUCGGAUUCUUACGACAGGAUGCGGGGGCGCAGGCCCCGGGGGCGGGAGACUUCCCGCAGACCUGGCCGGGACAGAGGCGGUGGGGGCUGCAGAGACGAUGACCGAGCUGCGGACAUAUCCGACAAAAUCAGCACUCUGGCAAACACCUUACAGGACACCAGCAGGAACUUGUCCAAGGUGGACAGAAUGCUGGGUCAGUACCGAGAGCAUGCAGAUGAUCAGGCUGAAGCCAUGGCAGUGCUCCGGGGGAACUUAGAGGAGUCAAUCAGUCAGCUGCAGACCCAGAGGCUGAGCAGAACCAAUGGGCUUCACAGUGUCUCUGCUUCUACCUUACACACCAGUGACCUGGAACCCUCAGGAUCAGAGGGCCAGCGCUUCUAUCCUACGUCUCCACUCAGGGAUUACCCAGGCUCUCCGAGGAGGAGGAGAAGGUCUCAGUCUGCCAAUGUUCACUUCAAGGAUCGCAGUGGGACAGGAGAGGAUAUUCACACACUGCACCAAACCCUGCGGGAUCUGCGCUGUGACCAGCAGAGGCUCUCAGAUGACCUGGAUAGAGAAAUCCUCAGGAGAAACCGGUUAGAUAUUGACACCAGGCGGGCAAUGGAGAGCCUCACAGAGAACAUGACGGCUUCCCAGAGACAGGACUCAGUGUCGUCUCGUGUGGAGAGGCGUCUGCAGGAGCUGCAGCGAGAAGGAAGGCCGGAGCAGCGGGCGGCCGUGGCUGACGAGCUGCAGGAGAAUUUAGAGAGGCGCCAAGUUCAUCCUCAGGAGAGAGAAGACGCCAUGACAGUCAGACUACGUCGAGCAGAGAUGGACAAAUCCAAGGCAGAGCAGGAGCUCGAAAAGGCCAGGAGGUUACUGGAACAGUCCGAGGACAGCAGGGAGUCCCUCGUUCAACAGGUGGAAGGCAUGCGCAGUGAGCUGCUGAGGACGAGGAGCGAGAGGACGGUGCUUCAGAGGGCACAGAUGGAGACUUCCCAGCUCAGCGCUCAGCUGCAUGGCAGCCACACCGAGAGAGAGGGUGGACGAGCUCGACGGCAAAGUUUAGAACUGGAAGCAGAAGUGGCUGAGCUGCGGUCCCAGUUGUCCAGGUCCUCGGUCCUUGAGGUUGAAGAACUGAAAAGGGCCCUUGAGCGCAAGGAGAACGAGCGGCUCCAGCUGAGCUUACAGCUGAAGGAGCUGACGUCAGACAUGGCUGGACGAGAGCAGCAGCAGCUGCGAAUGCUGGAGCAGCUGGGAGAGUUACAGAGUCGAGGGCAGGCAGACAGGAGGGAGAUGGAGGCGUUACUCCAGGAGAGCACGAGGAGCAAAAAAGAGCUGAAGAGCAGGGCCCAAGAAGCUGUGAACCAGUGGAGGGCAAAGUGCAUGAGACUGCAGAAGGAGCUGGAGGAGGCGAGGGGCCAGACUGAGCUUCACAACGACAAGGCCAGCACUGUAGCCCGGGAGAAGGAGAGCUUACAGGCCCAGCUGAAGGCGCUGAGCCAGCAGACUGAGGCGGCCCACAGGGAGCUCACCGAAAUCCUAGGUCGUUUGGCCCAGCACAAAGAAGAACUCCACCGCAAGGACGUGGAGUUGCUGGAGGCUCAGCAGCAUCAGUUGUCACUGCAGCAGGAAGUACGAGAGGUGAGGGAGGCCUCGGCCACCCUGGAGCAGGAGACUCAGCGUCAAGCUGCUAUCCAAGCAAGGCUGAGAGAAGAGAACCAGAUGUUAAAAGACCAAGUCAAUGCUCAGGUUCUUCGCUGCCAUAGGGACCAGGACACACAGGCUGAGCUCCAGGCCACCCUUAAGCAGAUGACGGCAGCACACGCUCAGCAAUCCCAGCGACUGGCUGAAGAGGAGAUCACCAGGAAGGAGCUGCAGAAGGGCACCUCAGAGCUUAGAGCCAAGCUGACUGUGCUGCAGGAAGAACGAUCUGCUCUGAGCCAGCAGCUGAGGCUUGAGAGAGAGGUGCACCAGAAGGAACUAGGAAACAUGAAGGCCACCAAUGAGGACAGUCGGAUGAAGAAGGAUAGUGAAGUGCAAGAUAUGCUCAAAGUGUGCCGUCAGGAGCGAGAAGAAAUGAAGGCACAACUGCUUAAAAUUAAGGCCGAUGCAGCGUCGGACAAGGAGCUGUGUGCGGCGCUGCACGUCAAGUUGGACAAGAUGAAGAAUGAGUGCGAUAAGCUGGCAGCACAGCUGUGCACCAAAGAAGAGGCCCAUUCACUUCUGCACAGAAAAUACCAGCAACUUAAACAGGAACUGGAAGAUAAAACCAGGUCAAGUGAACUGAGACGAGCAUCUGAGUCUGAAAUUGUGAGACUUGACCAGAAGGUGCUGCAGCUGGAAGCAGAGCAAGAAACCAUCCUUUCGUCUUUGGGCAAAGAACUGGACUCGGCCUGUCGUAGCCUGGCUAGGAACGGAGAAGACAAGCUACAGGCGAUCUCCCAGAGACCUGGAUUAGUGAAAGAUCCACACCGCUGGCUUGCUGAGACAAAGACCAAGCUGCGCUGGCUCUGUGAGGAGGUGCGGGAGCGUGACACGAAGGAGCAGCGCCUGAGGAGGCAGCACCAGCAGACCAGGGAUCAGCUGAAGGCUCUGAGACGGAGUCGAGACUCUGAACAGGCGGCUCUCCUGCAGCGUCUGGACCAACAGGAGAACCUGCUGCACUCCCUGAGCACUGAGAAGAAAGAGCUGCUGGAAAGGAGUCGCAGGAAGGAGGAGGAAAUGAGAAGCCUUCAGGAUUGUGUGUUGGAUCUGGAGAUGAACACAAGAGCAGCUCUGGAUCAUUUGGAGUCAAUUCCAGAGAAAAACUAUCUGUUGGAGGACUUUAGAGAUUUGGAGGAAUCUCAGCAGCAGAAGGAGAUUGUCGAGCAGCGCUACAUUAAAUACAAAGAGAUCGUCCGGGACCUGCAGCACCAGCUGGAUGAGUCCAAACAUAGAAUCCAAGAGUACAGAGAUGAGAAGCUGGAUGCCACCUCCAGGAGCUUAAGACUGGCUGCUUUCUCUGCCUCCAUCAAAGGCUCCACCUCUUUCUUCAGCAGUACGAUGAGGUCUGACCCAAUAUCUUCUUCUAAGCACCUGACCAGUUCAGACCUGGAUGACUCCAAAUACAGCACGACCUGA